AGCUUGUUGUGACAGAAUCACAGGACUAUGUGAGACUCGUCCCAUUCUGAAAAUGCCAGAACCACAAACAGCAGAGGUAGAUGAAAGCAAAUGUCAGCGCCAGCACAGCCUGAGAGAGACCUGAAACACAGACUCCACAACCUAGAGGGGAAGUUUCUGCUGUGGCACUGAACAGAGGUGGUGGAUGGAAAAUGACAGCAAGUCUUCUAAGAAGAGCCCUGGCUUUGCUCUUCCUUGGCCUCUUCGGGGUCCUGGAGGCGGCAAUAUCAUGCAGAAAUGAAGACGGUGACGCUGUGGAUUGGUUUGCCUUUUAUAAAUUACCUAAAAGGCAAGACGAGGAAAGUAGGAAGACUGGGUUAGAAUACCUGUACUUGGACUCUACAACCAGAAGCUGGAGGAAGAGCAAGCAGCUGAUGAACAGCUCCAGGAGUGUUUUGGGAAGGACAUUAGACCAGCUGUAUGACGCCUAUGCCUCCAAGAAUAAUAACACCGCCUAUCUAGUGUACAAUGACGCAGUCCCUAAAUCUGUGAAUUACAGCAGAAAAUACGGACAUUCCAAAGGUUUGCUGCUGUGGAACAGAGUCCAAGGGUUCUGGCUGAUUCAUUCUAUUCCCCAGUUUCCUCCAAUCCCUGAAGAAGGCUAUGAUUAUCCACCCACAGGGAGACGAAAUGGACAAACUGGCAUCUGUGUAACUUUCAAGUAUAACCAGUAUGAAGCCAUAGACUCUCAGCUCUUGAUCUGCAACCCAAACAUCUAUAGCUGUUCCAUACCGGCUAUGUUUCAGCAGGAGCUCAUUCACAUGCCCCAGCUGUGUGCCAAAUCCAGCUCAUCAGAGACCCCUGCCCGGCACCUGGCCACACUUCAGUCAGCUCAGGGGCAAAACUUCCUCCAUUUUGCAAAGUCUGAUUCUUUUAUUGAUGACAUUUUUGCAGCCUGGAUGGCUCAACAGUUGAAGGUACACUUGCUUACUGAAACCUGGCAGCGAAAGAGACAAGAGCUUUCUUCAAACUGUUCCCUUCCUUACCAUGUCUACAAUGUCAAAGCAAUUAAGAUAUCUGGACAAUCUCAUUUCAGUUCUUAUCAGGAUCAUGCCAAAUGGUGUAUUUCCCAAAAGGGCACCAAAAAUCGCUGGACAUGUAUUGGAGACCUAAAUCGGAGCCCAUAUCAAGCCUUCAGAAGUGGAGGAUUCCUUUGUACCCAGCAUCGGCAUAUUUACCAAGCAUUUCGAGGAUUAAUUUUGUAUUAUGAGAACUGUAACUAAACUUGAUAAAUGGACAUAUGCACUAUUAAUUUCAACAUUGACAAUGGAUCUUCUCCCAUUAGAUUCAUUCUGUAUAUAUUAAAGCCUGUGAAUGUACUUAAAAUUC